AUGACUUAUUUUCAGAAAAAAGCAGCCGCAUUCUAUUCACUUGAACUUCAUGGUGCAUGUACGAUCUUCAUCUUCGAGGAGACUGACGUGCAACAGUCUUGUGAUGCAUUGUUUGAAUUAAAUCGAUACCCAACAUAUUCCUCAUGUGAAUGCAGGAUAACGACACCAAAAGAAGUGGUGUUCGAGAACAUUGGAGCCAAACACAGCGGUAGCAGCAAGCCAUGCAAUGGUAUCCCAAAUGCAGCGAGUGGUGUCUAUGUAUACGCGGAUCAGGAUUCUCAACUCUUUCUUCUCUUCGAUUUUCUCUCUAUUCAACUGAUCAUUCCGGAUUGCUUCGAGGAAGACCUAUUUACGAAUGAAGUUUAG